AUGGCCGCGCGUUUGUCGCCCGCUCGUGGCCGCCGCGAGGCGAGGGAGCGGGGACCAGCGGGCAGAGCCAACGAUGUGGAGUGGCGUCCAUUUGCUGGGGGCCGCGGACGAUGCGGCGCGCGAUAUGGAAGAGCUAUGCUGUGGCCCGCGCGCGCCAACGUGUCGUGGCGCCAGCUGCCGGCCCGGCGCGCCGACUGCCGCCUUGCGCUCCCGGCGGGGGCGGUUGGCGCGCGCUGCGCGGGCUCGUUCGUGGACCUUGACGCGCGCUCAACACGCCCUUGCGCCCGGCGGCGGCUUCCGCGCUCGCCGCCGCCCCCGCCCCGCCGCGGCCCCCCGCCGCAGCGCUGCCGGCCGCCGCCCCCUGCCAGCAGCCCUUCUGCGGCGAAGCUGGAGGAGCUGCCCCCGGGCGCGGAGGCGCCUGCACUUCCGCGCCCACCCCCGCCGCGUCCUUCCGCCCCCACCGCGCCCCCGCCGCCGCCCCCGCCGUCCACGUCACGGCCGGCCCGUCUUCGGCUUUCCCUACAGCUACCGUGCACUACUGCUUCACGCAACCGCGUGCUGCUGCGCCUGGAGACGGUGGCCGGAGGGCGGGGCGGAGCAGGGGCGGGGCGGGGCUGGGCGCCGCUGGCCCGCCGUAGGACCCGGACCCGCCGUGCCGGGGUGCUGACGCGCCUGUGGGGACGGCCGCGCGUCGCCGCGCGCUGCUCCCCGGCGCAGCUGCCGCCGCGCCAACCUCUCCGUGCUCUCCCUCGGCAACGCCCUCACGCUGCGCCUCGCGGCCGGCGGGCGGCGGCGGGGCGGGCGGCGGCGGAGCGGGCUCACAGCCCCGGCUACCGAGACGACAACGCCUACUGGGUGGGCGCCUCCGACGUGAUGUACGAGGGCGACUUCCGCUGGUCCGACGGCUUCCCGUUCCGCUACACCAACUGGUUCCCGGGCUGGGAGCAGCACAAGCACUUCGCGCAGCAGCCCAACGACGACGGCACGAGCCAGCUGGACUGCGUGGAGCUGCGCCGCGUGUUCGCGCUGCCGUCCGCCGGCGUGCGCCUCGCCCACUCCUUCAUGUGGAACGACAUGCACUGCCAGGCGCGCAACUUCUUCGUGUGCGAGCGCCCACGCGUCGGAGAGGCGGCGGAGGAGGCGGGCCCCGCCGACUGCAACCGGUCGCUGACGCUGAGCCGCGACGUGCCGCGCACCACCGUCGUCAGCCCUGGCUUCCCGCACCGCUACCCGGACAACGUGGAGUGCGCCACGCUGGUCACGGCGCCGCCCGGCUACCGCCUCGUCAUCGACUUCGAGGAGCUCGUGCUGGAAGACGAGGCCGACAAGAACUACUUAACGAUAUCUCGUUUUGUAUUGGUAUAA